GCAAGGAGCCCACAAAUAAAAUGUGGUCUAAAAAUCCUGUUUGGGACUAAGAAGGAAAGGCCAUACUUUUCAUUGGUUCAGCUUCUGUCCCAGGGACAACGCAAGCUCUCCAGCUUUGUAGGAAAGCAAUAUAGCGCUCUAUAAAUAGAACCUUGCUAGUAACAGACCCAGCCUUGAGGCAUGGGAGUGUGUACUCGUUUAAGAGAGAGGGAGAGAGAACUUGUAUACAAAAGAUCAGCAGUGUAAAAAGUGCAGGACUUUGACUGGCAAAUCCUGGAUUUGUUGUUUGGCAACAAAGCACACGGGGGAUGACCUUGGGCCAGUCACAAUUUUCCAGCUUCAUCUACCUAACAGGGUUGUUGUGAAGACAAAGGCGGACAAGAGAGCCUUUACAUCACCUUCAGCUCCUCGGAGAAAAGAAACAAAAAGGUCUUCUUUUAAGGCAAGCCAUACACUUUAGGGCUAGCCUGAGGCACCAUGACUACUCCAGGUCGUCCCAAAGGCUGUGGCAGCAUACCUGCAGACUAUUACUUCCUUUGUAACAUUGAAGAAGAUUGGGGCAUUGUUGUAGAAGCCCUGGCUACAGCUGGUGCUUUUGUCACAGCCAUUCUUAUAGCUGUGCUCCCUUUCCUUAUCUGUAAAGUCCAAGACAACACUAAACGAAAGUUGAUCCCUGUCCAGUUCCUCUUCCUUCUGGGCACUCUAGGAAUCUUUGGCCUCACGUUUGCCUUCAUCAUACGGCUCAAUGAAAGAACUGCCCCCACCCGCUUCUUCCUUUUUGGGGUCCUCUUUGCCCUCUGCUUUGCCUGUCUCCUAGUCCAUACCUUUGACCUCAUCAAGCUGGUGAGAGGAAAAAAGCCAUUAUCGGGAUUGGUGUUGCUGGUUAUUGCCGUCAGCCUGACCAUCGUGCAAAUUAUUAUAGCCAUACAGUAUGUGGUCAUCAAUAUCAUAGCACUGGAGGGCCUGAAUCACAACUUGGAUGGAAGAAGACGUGAUGAGUUCAUUUUGCUUCUCACCUAUGUGCUUUUCUUGAUGGCCCUCCUCUUUGUAGCCUCCAUGUUUGUUUUCUGUGGGUCAUAUAGAAGGUGGAAGAGGCAUGGUGCACACAUAUUCCUCACUGCCUUCUUCUCCAUAGGCAUCUGGGUGGUGUGGAUCAGCAUGUUGAUGAGAGGCAAUCUAGAUUUAGUCAAAAGCCCUAAGUGGGACGAUCCUGUUAUCAGUAUUGCUCUGGUUGCAAAUGGGUGGGUCUUUCUGAUGAUGUACGCAAUCCCUGAGCUCUGUUUUCUCACUGCUCCACGGAAGCCUGGAGACUAUCCUUCAGAGAAUAAUUUCUGCCAGCCUAAAGUCAUGAAAAAAACUUAUGGAGUAGAGAAUCGGGCCUAUGCUCCAGAAGACAAUACACAAGUUUCAGAUGCAAAUAGGGAUCACUCAUACGUUCCGUAUUCAACUCAUUUCCAGCUGCAGACUCUUGAGCCCCAACAGGAUUUCUCCAUCCCGCGGCCUGAAACGCGGCCCAGCCCAUAUGAAGAGUAUUCUGGUGGGAAAGGUGUCAAGUAACAGUUCCACAAUGAACACCAGAGAAGCAAUUCAGAGUGGGCUGAAGUACUGGAAGUCAUCACAACACAGAUAUAUCGGUGCUUCAGUUUUACUAAAUCAGGGACAGGACUCAGCACUACAGUGGAUGAAGGAAGAUUUUUUUCUUUUGCUCCUGCAUGCCUUUUUAUUUGUCGUGGCACAUGUAGCACUUUAUAUUUCUUCAUUCAUUGCAUUCCUUAAUUGAACAACCUCUAUGGCCUUUUUAAGGCACUCUCCCAUCUCAUGUGAUUACAGUUGUUCUGCUGUUGUUACCUUGCCCCACCCUGUGCCCUCCAAAUGUUGUGAGGAAAGGUCUGAUGCAUGGAGCUUUCUCUAUGCACGUAGAGCUCCCCGCCUGAUGUAGACCCCUGGAUUCUUGCAUCACACAGGAACCAAGAUAUGGCUGGUGGGCUAGUGGGGACAUGAUGGAGGGGGUGGGGCUAAGCAAGCACAGCCCUAUCUAACUGUCCCUCUUACACAAUUGUAUUUGAUUGAGGGGUGAUUGCCCAGAUAGGGCUUAUGGCUCCUCUCAGUUCUGCUGAGACAUCUUGUAUACCUCACUUAUUUUCUCUGCACAACACAAACAUAACUAAACAUAUCCAUUCCAUUCAUUCAUGCGGUUUGCUGGAAGGAAUGCAAGCAAAGAGCUCAAUGAUUUGGCCCAGGCCACAUUCCUGACCCGGAUGCAUUUACUUGUGGGUUUUUUUGCUCCUCUUUGCUUUUUGAAGCACUGAAAUUUUCAUGAGUAUUGAAUGAUAACUGUACUGUUUAGCAGUUUGAAGAAUCUUAGGAUGACUUCCUUCUGAGAGAUGGCCCCUAUCAGCCGCUCUCUUUUGUCUUAUGUAGAAGUGAAAUGAUUGGACCAGGUCCACAGAGCACCACUGUCAUCAAUCCUGUCAAUUCCCCUGGCUGCUUUUGUGGAACUGAAUGACAUAAUGAAAUCCCCCCCCCCAAAAAAAACUAGUUUUAACCCGGAAAUCACAAUAUUUUAAAACUGAAAGCCAGUCCAAAUUGUCUAUAGAUCUGCUUUAAAAAAAGGAAGAAUGCAUACAGGGAGUAAGGAACCAGCUUUUAAUUAAAUUUAAGAGGACCGUUUGUUCAGCUUUGAAUUAGUUUUCUUCACAGACUUCCUGUUUGUCCGAUUGAUGUCCUAAUCUCUACCCUGGUGAGAUUUCCAUGUCCAGUGAGGACUGAACAUGUCUAGUGGCCACAUCCCCUUAAAGCUUUUCAGUACUUCUGCAAACUUUGGGGUUCCUGCUGAUCCCUCUUGGUGCAGUUUUGGCUAUAUAAACACCAGGACUCAGAUAAUUAAGAUUUCUGUUAUAGGAUGGCUUUAUAAUGAUGACUGCGGCUGGGGAAGAGCACUGGAGAGCACAAGCCUGAUCCAUACUACAUUCAGAAAGUUGGUUCAGAUUUUAGAGGGGGAGAAAAAAUAAAAACUUUUUACAACUGGCUCAAGAAAAAAGAAAGCACCCAAUCCAGCAAAAGUUAAGCUCCUUCCAACCCCUUGAUUUGAAGGGGUUAUUAGGAAUUAGGCCUGUGUUUGUUUUAACAUUGCUCCCAUUCACAUCUAUUGGAAAGACAAGUGCAUAAUUUUGGCUGGAUUUUGCUUCUUAAAGUGUGGGAAGUGGGUGUUCAGUUUGUUUUUUAUUUGUUUGCUUGCGUGCUGGUAAAUGUAUUAUAAUUGUAAUAUUAUUUAUUUGUUUAU